CCUAGUUUUUGCACUGUACCGGUAGUAAGUUUUUCUGGCCGCUGCCAUCCAAAAAAAAAACAAUGGUGGCGGCCGCAACCAAUCACCCAAUUGGGUUUGGUCGUCUGGCGUCUAUCCGUCGCUCCCAACACUCUAAAAAAAUUGAUUCGACGUCAAAAAAAUUUGGAAAGCAAUUGGCAGUCUGAAUGGGUGUGUGUGUGUGGAUUGGAACAACACAACAACAGUCCAUCCGGUUGAAGUGACAACAAGGGGAGCGUCCGGCAUCGUCCGGUACCGUUACAACAGCACACAAAUCACAACAAUUCCUAGAGCGGACAGGAGGCAAGAAAGAAGAAGGCUGCGGAACGCAACCGAUCAAACAAUCAACCUCGGUGGUUUCUCCUCUGGUAGCAUGGAUACAACACGAAAUAGUAACGCCAUCGCCACCACUACAAAAUCCAACAGCAGAAAGGACGGCGGUAUUGGGGUCGUCGUCUUGAUCGGAGUUUCGGCUGCUACAUGCAUCGCCUCGGUUGGAUAUUAUUGGUACUGUUGUCACCACCAUGGYAAGGCCACCGCGAAGAGAGAUGGCGCAAAUAAAAAGAAGCGCGACAGAAGGAGCGGGAAUGGCGCCAUAGGCGACUGGGGCAAACCAAAAUCGAAAACAACUAGCAACGAUGGCGACGAUUCGUCUUCGUCUUCGUCUCCCUUCUUCGAGCUCCCGCAGCACUUACAGAGGGAGCUCCACAAGGAGGAACGGCGCAAGGCGAGCGUGAGGUUUUUGGCCCGGAAAACACCCCUUUACGAAAACAUCGAAAUGUAUGCCCCCGACGGCGCCACCAUGCUCUGCACGAUCGGAAGAAAGAAGGCCAACUGGUACGUGCGCAAGGAACUCGCUGUUUGGUUACAAGGAAGGACGRGAGGUGCCGGUGGUGAGGAGAAAGAACACGAAAACGAAGACAAGAACGGGAACGGAAACGAAACCCCUUCCAUUCGAUUGCUGUUCGAGCCCAAGAACCACAAAAAGRAGAAAACGGAYGAAUCAUCACCAAAACCAGCGUCCGGCGAAACCGGAAUCACCUCUUGUGGCCAGAACGUUGUCGACAGUGAUCACGAGGAACAAAUGAGAAAGUACAACUGCACACACAAACUGAACAUCUGCGUCUCGUGUGGGGCAUUGGAUGCCACGGCGUCUGCGGAAGCCAGCGGAACCAACGCGAACAAAACCGACGGGGAAUCAUUGUCUCCACCGCCGACGCAAAAUGCCGCGGCGGCAGCAGCAACAUCAACAUCGACUACCGCCACCACGGGCCUCAUGCGGCACUACGUGGUCCCCUACGCCUAUCGGAGGCUCCUCCCGACCAAGUUCAAGACCCACAUGCCCCACGACGUGGUUCUGCUCUGCCUCGAUUGCCACAUCGAUGCGGAACAAGCGGCCAAGGUACUUAGAACCGAUGUCUACGAAGAGUCCUUUCGCACCGAUCCCACGACACGGCCCGCGGUCGUCAUCGAUUUCGAGGCGAAGGCGAUCAAGAGCAAGGCACGGGCCCUUUGGCAGCACAAGAGCAAGCUGCCGCAAUCGCGCAUCGACGAGUACGAAAACGAGCUCAAAAGGUAUCUGGCAAAGAGAACCGCAAGCAAAGAAGCGAUCKAUCCGAGCAUCCCUCCCAUCACAGACAACCACGGCAAGGGUGUAGGCGAUUCGAGCAUUCUCCUUUCCGAGGCCGUCCUCCGCCACCUGGCCCUCGCCCUCGAAGCCGAGAMACCGAAUCCGAACUACGUGCCGUUGGCUUCGUUGGUGRUGGACAACYUGUGCCAAACGGACGAGGAUAUCCAGGAAUUCGUGGUGGGGUGGAGGAACUUCUUCGUCGAAACCCUUCAGCCGAGAUACCUGCCGACGGGGUGGAGGGUGGACAGCCCCGUCCGCGUCGAUGUCGACCCCGAGGAAGUGGAAGGCKRUGACGAGAAGCUUGAAAGCUAGACAUAUGCAGAACAUCGUGGGUAAAAGAUUGCCCUCUUCGAUGCCAUUCAUCGAAAGAUAUCGUAAUGGAGGGAUCGUAUCAAACUACAAUCCAUAGUAGAACUAGGAUUCGCGAUCAGACAUCAAKAGUCUGGCGAACCUCACCCUAGGUGMCAUKGCUUGUUUUGAAAGAAUUAAAACGAGAUCAGAUUUCCUUCUCUCCUUUCCAAGUAYGGGACCGCGACAGUCCCGGUUAUUUUUUGGAUCAGCAUYGCAUUUAAUAAUACGAUCACAGCAAA